AGUCAACUGUGUGUAUUAUGGAGAUGAGCCACGCUUUGCCAGCGCCGCCGGUCGCCGUCGCCUCAAUCCGGCCGCCCCGCGCGGCCGGCUGGGGAUUCCUCCACGCACGUGCACGCCAUGUGUUCGCUCUCGACUAGAUCGUGCUAGCUAUCCUCUCUAUCUAUACAACUCGCUCGCUGCACUGAGGACACCACCAAUUGCCAACAAUGGCGCGCCUGUUCCUCCCUGCCAUCUUGCUGGCCGUCGUGCUGGUCGUCUCCAACGCCGGUGCCGCGGAGGCGGCGUGGUGGUCGGGGUGGAGGUGGGACUGCCUGUUCCCCAACAACGGCCGCGGCGGCUACGGCAACCACGGCCACGGCGGCUACGGCGACCACGGCCACGACGGCGACUUCCCGAGCCACAGCCACAGCCACGUGGCAUCGAUCGUGACGGAGGACCUGUACCGCUCCUUCUUCCCGCACAAGGACGACGCCGCCUGCCCCGCGCGCGGCUUCUACAACUACACCUCCUUCCUCCGCGCCGCCGACGCGUUCCCGGCGUUCGGCGGCGACGGCGGCAACGCCACCCGGAGGCGCGAGGUGGCGGCGUUCCUGGCGCAGAUCUCCCACGAGACGACCGGCGGGUGGGCGACGGCGCCCGACGGGCCCUUCGCGUGGGGCCUCUGCUUCAAGGAGGAGAUCAACCCGCAGAGCAACUACUGCGACGCCAACAACACCGACUGGCCGUGCGUCCUCGGCAAGUCCUACCAUGGCCGCGGACCCAUCCAGCUCUCAUGGAACUACAACUACGGGCCGGCGGGCAAGGCGGUGGGCUUCGACGGGCUGCGGGAGCCGGAGGUGGUGGCGGGCGACCCGGAGGUGGCGUUCAAGACGGCGCUGUGGUUCUGGAUGACGCCGCGGGCGCCCAAGCCGUCGUGCCACGACGUGAUGGUGGGGCGCUACCGGCCCAGCGGCGACGACCUGGCGAAGAACCGGACGGCGGGGUUCGGGCUGACGACCAACAUCAUCAACGGCGGGAUCGAGUGCGGACCGAGCGGGAAGCCCGCGCCGGUGGAGGACCGGAUCGGCUUCUUCAAGCGGUACUGCGGCAUGCUCGGCGUCGACGUCGGGCCCAACUUGGACUGCGCCAACCAGCAGCCCUAUUCCAGUCCUAGCUAGCCGCCUUUGAGGCUUUGACCCUUUGUUUUGUGCUCGCAUCGCAUGCAUGCCUCAUUCUGUGUUUGUACUGUACUCGCUGAGUUUCUCUUUGCCAACAAUAAAGUUGGGGUUUCUUACAAGUUAC